AUGACGCCAAUUCAAAAACCUCAAGCAGUAAAAAUAAUGGGCCUAGCUUUUGUGUUAGCAAUAACAAUACCAUUAUCCAUGUUUAUCAAGCUGAGAUUUAUCGAAUAUGAGAAUUUUACGGCCAAUUUUGCACUGAAUACUGAGGUUUUGAUGACGUUAGAUAUAGCACUUAUGGUACAGUUGUAUUCACCUUUCAACAUUCUCAUUCAAGGAAUAAAUGAAGAAAUGCUCGUUUCGUUGAUAAUGAGCAUUAAAGUGAUAUCUGAAUACGAAUCGUAUGCUGUUAAUUCUAAUGGUUGCCGUGUUCGCUUGUUGUUUCCUCAGAGAUUAUCAUUGACCGGAACUUUGGGACCAGAGAUAAGUGGAGGAUUAUGCGAUUGA